AUGUCCUCCAACUCGCUCAACUACCCACUGCUCGCCAUCCCGGCCUACUAUGUCUUCUCUCUCGUCCCGCACAUGUAUGCUGGUAGCAUCCUCUCCGCCAAUGGCUACAAGGUCAAUAAUGCAAACCCCAAGGCUUCCUUGUCACCAGAUGCCGUGAAGGGCAAGGUUCCCGAUGCUGUCUUCCAGAAGUACCAGCGUGCCGAGAAUGCCCAGUCCAACAACAUUGAACAACUGCCCCUCUUCUCUGUUGCCGUCAUCGCCAGCAUCAUCGCCGAGCGCACCACCGCAACUGGAAUCGGACGGGAAGUCGUCUCAGGCGAUGCAACAGGCUUGACAACAUUCGUAUCAGCUUUCUUCGCAAUCAGGGCGGCGUACGCUGUUUCAUAUGUACAGAUUGCCGACCACUCGAAGAGCUUUAUCAGGAGCAGCUUUUGGGCAAUUGGUUUCGGGCUAUCUGCAUACCAGAUCUAUAAGGCUGCCGCGAUCCUGGGUUAG